CACGCGUAAAAACAGUCCUUCAGGACAGGCGGGGGCGCGCGUAAAAGCGAGCUGCUUCAUUUCACCGAUGAACCGGAGCGUUGAACUCGGCCACACUGCCCCACAGUGAAGUUUGAACCGGAGGCGUGAUUCCUUUAUGAUGCUCCGACAUCCAAGGAGCGAUCGGCCCACGCUUUGGAUUCACAAUGUGAGUCGGAAUACGCGAGGACGCUGCGUAAAGGAAACGCUGAACUCCCAGUGGGACCAUUGAAGUUCGUUUGAAUCCUCCAAAGCGCAGCAUGGGUCUCUUGUCCACACUGCUGCUCGUUGCCUUUCUAGGCUGGGCUGAAGGUGGUUCCUCUCCUCACUACUUGGACGCUCGGUCCAGCCGCCUCUCUCUGGAGAAAACCUACGACCGAUCACUCAAAGACGGCCAGUGCCCGCACAUGUUAAAACACCUGCACAAUGGAGCCCGGAUCUCCGUGCAGAUGCCUCCCAGCAUAGAGGGUCACUGGGUGUCCACCAGCUGUGAGGUGAGACCAGGUCCGGAGUUCCUGACGCGCUCCUACAGCUUCAACUCCAACAACACCUUCCAUGCUCACCAGUUCUACUAUGAAGACAACCACUGCACCAAACCCACCUACACCCUGGUGAUCCGCGGCCGCCUGCGCUUACGCCAGGCCUCCUGGAUCAUCCGCGGCGGCACCGAGGCGGAGUACCACCUCCACCGCGUCCAGAUGGUUUGCCACACGGCCAGCGUGGCCAAAGAGCUCAGCCAAAGGCUCAACCACAGCUGCAGAGGGGCCGUGAAGGGCCCCUGGGAUCCCAGCGCCAUCUACGAGCUGUGGAGCGAGGACGCCGGCUACGACUGCUCCAGGGAGCUUAACUUCGCCAUGCACGAGAUGCAGCUGCUGAGGGUGGAGAAGCAGUACCUGCACCACAACUUGGAUCACCUGGUGGAGGAGCUGUUUCUAGGGGACAUCCACACCGAGCCGUCACAGAGGCUGUACUACAAGCCGUCCAGCUACCAGACCGCCCUGCAGAACGCCAAGAACCACGAGCACGGCUGCAUCGCGUGUCGUAUCAUCUACCGCUCGGACGAGUUCCACCCGCCCAUCCUGCCGCCGCGGGCCGACCUGACCGUGGGCCUGUACGGCCAGUGGGUGAGCCAGCGCUGCGAGGUCCGCCCCGAGGUGCUCUUCCUCACCCGUCACUUCGUCUUCCACGACAACAACCACACGUGGGAGGGACACUAUUACCACUUCUCCGACCCCGUCUGCAGGCACCCCACCUUCACCAUCUACGCCCGCGGGCGCUACAGCCGCGGGCUUCACUCCACCCGGGUCAUGGGCGGGACGGAGUUCGUUUUCAAAGUGAACCACAUGAGAGUGACUCCCAUGGACUUCACCACCACCUCCCUCCUCAACGUCUUCAACGGCAACGAGUGCGGCGUGCAGGGGUCCUGGCAGGUCGGGGUGGAGCAGGACGUGACCUUGACCGACGGCUGCGUGGCCCUGGGCAUCCGGCUCCCCCACACGGAGUACGAGCUGUUCCGCAUGGAGCAGGACGCCCGCGGCCGCUACCUGCUCUACAACGGCCAGCGGCCCAGCGACGGCUCCAGCCCCGACCGGCCGGAGAAGCGGGCCACCUCCUACCAGACGCCCCUGAAGCAGUGCUCGGCAAGCCAGCCCGACCCCAGCGGGGCGGGCGACGUCGACGGGGCCACGCCGCGUCGCAGCGGCUGCGCGGGGCGCCACGGGGGCGGCCGGCCACGCGCCGCGAUGACUGCCGUUGCGUUGGGAACGUUGUUGCUCCUCAGCGGGCAAAGGUAGAAAGCAGCAAGGGCAGAGGGGGGGUGGUAGGGUGGGUGGCGCGACGUAGGACACGCCGACGUAGGACACGCCGACGUAGGACACGCCGACGUAGGACGCGCCUAGACAGAAAGGGUGGAUCACAAGAGCGGACAUUUAACUUUUUUUUUUUUACUUCUCUGAUGUGAAGGAGGAUGAAAACUGGGGCUCCUGAUCCUUUGAUUCUCCUUCCCAGCUACCAGAAGACUUGACACUGCUGCACCACAGAAACUUUUGCACUUUAGAGUGGAGCCAAAGACUAAUCUGUCCCGUUUCCAUGACUACACGAAGAUGCCUAUAUAUCCACACAGACUUGGAUUGCUGUUUUCAGUGUAUUUACCUGCAACUAUGAUGUGUAGAAAUCAGCUCCCUGUCUGGAGGACUUGUGCUCGUGGAAAGUCACUGUUUACAGUGAAAAAGCUCCACACUACUUUUAUAACAGGAAUCUCUUUGAACAUUUCAGUAUAGAGAACUUGAGCGUAGUUUUCUAUCUAUUACGAAUUAAGGGCAUGUUAAUUUGGAUGAUAUUAAGGUAAUAAACUUCCUUGCAUUCAAAAGAGAGCUUUGUAUUCAAUGGCCAACGUGUGACCUUCUUCUAAUGGGGCUAUUUUGAAAUAAUCAUGACUGGGCAAUAUGAAAAUUCUAUUAACUUUAAAAAAAAUCAGCAUUCUAAAAUGUAGGAAAGCUCAAUUGAUUGUUCCACUGUUGUACACAAAAUGUUUAUCACAUGUAAAAAUGUGUUAAUUUUAAAUUAUUGCAUUACAUUUCCUGUACCGGUCUGUAAAAGAAUAUUGAAUUCAGCGUAAUGUGCAAUUCAAAGUUGUGACAUGCUUUUUUUUUUUUUGGUUCAUUGAAUACAUCCAUAUGUUAUCGGUGUUAUAGAUCAUACAUAAACUAUGUUCUAUAUAAUUGCUUCAAAGCUAAGUUUGUAAUAACAAAUAUAGAAGACUGAGGUAAACCAGGAAGUUAAGUAUUUGGGGGGUUUUGUUUUUCAUCUAAUGGUUAAAAUAACUACAUUAUGUUCUGAUGUCCAGAUCCUUGAAAGUGUUCCAUUGGGGAAUCAAUAAAAAGAUUUUGGAAAUUUGCCAGAUUUGAGAGUUGAAUAAAUUCCAAAUGGCUUUUGUGCAA